UAGAUACGCUUAUCGCCAUUCAUUAUUUACUUAACCUUUGGAUGAGCAACAUUCAUUGGUGAUAUUUUAUAAGUGAAAUUCUGACUGAGAAAACCAGAGCAACAACAACAAGACGCGUAUUUUCUGAAUGAAACACAUUAAUUCAGCUAGUAUAGUGUACAGAGAGUGUACAAACUUAAGAACCAGUUUCUGAUAAAUUUUAGUUCCAAGAUGAUGUGCAACUAUAAAAAGCAAUUUUUCAUUUUCGUAUUGUUCGUUACUGUCGUCACAUCGACAUUCGGUCGUCGCAGUGGCGGUGGUAGUCGUAGUCGCUCAGGUGGCAGCAGGUCAACAUCACACAGUACAUCGCACACUGGUACAUCACACACUGGUACAUCGCACACUGGUUCAUCAUAUCCAAGGCAAACCUACAGUCCCAGUACCGGUACAUCGCAUACGAACUACGGAUGGAGAUCGAACACUGGAGGAAAUAAAUACAAUUCGAAUACGGGACACGGUCACUACUACAACUCACCUCCGUCUUCUUCAACGAAUUGGGGAUCAUCAUACAACAGUCCGUCGUCCCAUUCGCCGCCAAAUGCAUUCGGAACAUUUCAUCCCGUUAGUAGUGGUAUCGCACCAUCGUACCACUUCCACAGAAGUACAAGCUAUGUCCCCAUUUACAUACCCAGCAGUCACACAUACAUUCAUCGACAUUACACCAACACCAAUCACCAGUCAUCAACUACAGCCGAUAGUACUCCACCUCCUCCGCCAUCCGAGCCAGUUGUUUACAAAGAAGACUCGCAGUUCGGUGAAAGUAGCAAGCCAACAAUGAUCGUCGGUUUCAACAACAUGAUCGUGUACGGGGUUUUCGAAAGUGAAAGGCAUUUUGUGAUCACGAUCAGCGAGGAUUUGGACGACGAUACGGAUGAAAUACCAGAACAUUUCUUGCGUACCGAAGAAAGUAGUUUGUUCGAAAUCGUAACAUUGAAGCCAACAACGACAACAACUACUACAACUACUACCACUGAGGCCACAAUGACCGGUGAAGCCUCUACGUCAAGCGUCGAUAUCGAUGAUUGGACUACCGAUUGGAGAGGUGCAUCGGGACUUUCGAUCGAUAAGGAUACGACUCAAAGGACAAUGUCCAAGUCGGACGACAGAAACGGCGCACACACAUCGGAUGGUGUUAUGGUUGAUGACGACGUACUAAAUUUGAAUUUCGGCGACAUGAUGCUUUAAAUACAAAUUACCCAUCUCUAC